AGCCAAAACACAACCUCAACACCCCCCCAGCCUCUAUAGCCCGUCCAGUGCAUUCAACCCGAACGAGCUACCAAUACGGAGGACUCACAGCAAUGGAAGCGCCAUCUGCUGUGCCCGAUACCCUCAUGGUGACGGUGCAGCCCGAGUCUCCCAUUGUCAACAGCACCACCAUCGAAGGAGUGACUCAACCUAAUCAACCUGCAUCCACGACCGAGAAUGCCGAAAACCCUACCGAAACGAAGAAAGAGGAGGUGAAGGAGGAACCUAUCUUGCCCGAUCACUAUUACGGCGGCGGGAAAGUUCCUGUGUUUAAGCCGACCAUGGAUCAGUUUCGUUCCUUCCCCGAUUUUGUCCGACGAAUUAACCACUAUGGAAUGGAAACUGGUAUCGUGAAGGUUAUCCCGCCUGCGGAAUGGACCGCUGCUCUUCCCGAUCUCUCACAAAAGGUCAAGUCGAUCCGGGUUCGGUCACCCAUUGAGCAGAAUAUUGUUGGGUCGGCUGGGUGGUUCAGACAGACGAAUUUGGAGAAGAGGAAUAGCUAUUCACUUGUGCAAUGGAAGAAACUUUGUGAGGGUUCGGAACACCAGCCCCCGGCGAAGAGGGGUGAGAAAAGAGCGGAAGGCGCACGCAGGAAGAGUACCAGGGGUGUUCCCAGGGAGGAAAGCGAAGAAAAGGAAGAAGAUGCGACUGCUUCGACGACUCCGACGAGAUCAUCUACUGCUGCUGCGGAGGAACUCACGCCGCCCAUGACUGCUGGACAGUCCGAGCGUGCGGUUUCUUCUCAGGCGGAGACCAAAGCUACGUCUCGCCCACUUACGCCGCCGACGCCUACUACACACGGGUCUUUCGAGGAGGAAGAGGGACCUAAGAUCACGAAGGGUCCUGGUGUCAAUGCUGCGCGACGUGCGCGAUCGGCUGCACAUACAGACAAGGCGUUCGCUGACUUUGACUACCGUCUUUCGAAGGAGGAGUUGGCGUCUUUCACACCCGAACGUUGCGAGGAACUUGAGCGUAUCUAUUGGAAAACACUUACGUACAAUGACCCGCUCUACGGUGCUGAUCUUCCGGGAUCAUUGUUCGAGGAUUCGACGGAGGCGUGGAACGUCGCUAAGCUUGACAACAUCUUGAACAGGAUUGGAAGGGUGCUGCCUGGUGUCAAUUCGGCAUACCUCUAUCUGGGAAUGUGGAAGGCUUCGUUUGCGUGGCAUGUCGAGGAUAUGGAUCUUUACUCAAUCAACUACAUCCACUUCGGUGCACCAAAGCAAUGGUACUCCAUCUCUCAACAUGACCUUCCGCGCUUCGAACAAGUCAUGAAACAGCACUUCCCCCAAGACUACAAAGAAUGUCCCGAAUUCCUCCGUCACAAAACCUUCAACGUCUCACCCACCGUCCUCGCCCAAAACGGCAUCAAAGUCAACAAACUCGUCCACAACGAAGGCGAAUUCGUUAUCACUUUCCCGUUCGGGUAUCACGCGGGGUAUAACCUUGGAUACAACUGUGCCGAGUCUGUGAAUUUUGCGACGGAGGAGUGGUUGGAGUAUGGGAGGCUUGCGAAGCCCUGUCAGUGUAUUCCGGAUGCGGUUAUGAUUGAUGUUGAUGAAAUUGUAGAGAGUUUGAAGCAUGGUUAUGAUAUUCGGGCGCCGGUUCCGGGGGAGGGGGAGGGGAGGAUGACGAAGAGGAAGAGGAAGGCGGAGGGUGGGGAGGGUGGCGAAGGGGAGGGGAAGAAGAAGCUGAAGAUUAAGUUUAACGUGGAGAAGGAGGAACAAUGUGAGUUGUGUCCUGCUAUUGUUGAUUGGUAUGUGGGUGAUAUGCUGCCUGUCGGGGAGUCGAACAAGAUGGUGCAUCGUCUUUGUGCUACAUAUAUCCCGGAGACGUACUUCACCACCGGGGAGGAUGGUAUCGAGAGGGUCAUGGGCGUUGAGAAUAUCUCGAAGGAUAGGUGGAAGUUGAAGUGUGGACAUUGCCGGAGACAGAAAGGUGCGUGUUUCCAAUGCGCAAACCCGAAGUGCGUGAGGGCGUAUCAUGCUACAUGCGCUUCCCAGGCUGGCUGUCUAGUUGAGAGCUACGAGAAGGACGGCGAGAUGAUCAUCAACGUCGAAUGCAAAUACCACCGGCCGAAACGCGUGGCUCGCGAAUACUUGGAGAACAACACCGAUAUCUACGACUACGCCCGCAGCCUCCUCCUCGGCGAUGUCGUCCAAAUCCAACUGCGCAAAGGCGAUAUCUUUGCCGGUCAAGUCGUCGAGAACAGGCAUACGGAACACUCUCUCGUUAUUGAUUUCGGGGGUAUUUCGGAGCCGUUUGAGAUCGAGUGGAAGUGGGUGUUGGCGCCGCCGAGGAGGGUUAAUGGGGUUAUUCUGCAGAGUCCGUUGCCGACUCCGACGUUCAGUCCGAGAAAGGUGAAGAGUGUUCAGGUGCAGCCCGCGGCGUAUUCACAUGCUGUUCCGCCGAUGCAGUUGCCGUAUCCGGGGAUGGGAUACAUGCCAAUGAUGGCACCACCGCUGCCGGGUACUGCGCCUAUGGGGGGUCCGACGCCGCCUGUGGGGAUGUAUGGUGCGCUGCCGCCGAUGUAUUAUCAUAUGCCGCCUGGGCAGAACCCGUAUAUGAUGUACCAUCAGCAGCCAGUUCCUGGGGCGUAUGGGAUGCCUGGUGCACCUGCCCCGGUACAAACUGCUCCGGUUACAGCUCCUGUUCAGGGUCAGCAGUGAAGGUACGAGAGAAAUCAUUCUUUGGAAUAGGGACGGAAAAAACAUGAAAGGAAGGAAAGGGAUAUGUUUUGUUAUGGUAUGAUUAGGGAGU